UGAACCAAUCAACUUCACUAUCUUGAGUUAGACCUCUCACAAUUUUCUCGUAUUUUAUUAUCUAUGCUAGUUAUAUCUUUAUACCGGAUCAGCUGAUUUUUGUAAUCAUUUGGCCAUCGUUCAGCUGACGUGUGUCUGAACCGAGGAGCUCAAGUUGAGUUUGGCAAAGAAAAUGACUCGUCCGUCAAUUAAAUUGUUUGACAUUUAUCAUCCGACGUACUAACAUCCGAACGAAUAUUAAAUGCGACGCAUGCUAGUUCAAUUAUCUUAGAAAUUAGGGAGGUAUUUAAUUUACUGUUGAUGUCGAAUUUGCAAGUCCUUGUCUAUCAUUGAACCAAAAAUAGCUCGCGCAUUUCGAGAUGGCUACUUUAUUGAUGACACCACCGGGCGCAAAGAGGGUCUCGCAGAUCAGGAACAUGCGGCAGGGCAGCGUGAUAGACAUAGACGCUGACAUGUUCCUCAAGAUAUCCAAUUACGAGGACACCGUCAGACAACUGGACAUUUACUACGGAAUUGUUAAGAGACAAUUAUUACGCUAUCAGAGCUGCAUAACCGGUCUGUUCCCACAGAUUUCGACGGACCGGAAGGUCGGCAGCGUGCGUGAGAGCAUCUACUGUGCCGCCGCAAUAUGGAGCCUGUACCAGGCGUAUAGACGCAUAGACGACGAUCGUGGGAAGUCGUACGAGCUCGGGCAGUCCGCGAUCAAGUGUAUGCGAGGUAUCCUGGAAUGCUGGAUGAAGCAGUCUUCCAGGAUAGAACUCUUCAAGAAGAAUCAGUGCGACCGCUAUGCGUUGCACUGUAAAUUUCACUUGCAUACUGGUGAUGAGAUCUUCAAGGAUGCCGAUUACCAUCAUCUGCAAAUCGACGUCGUGUCUUUCUACCUAAUAUUCCUCGUACAAAUGAUUUCCUCUGGAUUACAAAUCAUCUACACGCAAGACGAGGUGGCCUUCGUGCAAAAUCUUGUCUAUUACGUCGAGAGGGCGUAUCGCACGCCCGAUUACGGCAUGUGGGAGCGCGGGAGCCGGUACAACGACGGGACACCCGAGAUACACGCUAGCUCCAUCGGAAUCGCGAAGAGCGCGUUGGAGGCGAUCAACGGCUGCAACUUGUUCGGGGAGAAGGGCGCGUCCUGGUCGGUGAUAUACGUGGACAUCGACGCGCACAAUCGUAACCGCAGUAUCUUCGAGACGAUGCUGCCGAGGGAAUCGAGUUCGAAGAGCGUAGACGCGGCACUGCUACCGACGAUAUCCUUCCCCGCCUUCGCCACUCACGAGGACAUGCUAUACAAUGAGACGAAAGCGAAUAUUGUCCACAGAUUAAAAGGCAACUACGGCUUUAAGCGAUUUGGAAGGGACGGCUAUAAAACGGUGUUGGAGGACAAGCAGCGACGGUAUUACAAGGCCGGGGAGAUCAAGGACUUUGACAGUGUCGAGAGCGAGUGGCCACUUUUUUACAUCCUCAUGAUAAUAGACGGCGUGUUCAAGAGCUUGCCGGAACAGGUGGAGGAGUAUCAAAAUUUACUGAAAGCGAGAGUGCACAAGGAUCUGAAUGGAGAUCCGGUGAUUCCCAUGUACUACUACGUACCCAUGGAGAAUCUGGAGACCGAGAGAAACGAACCGUGCAGCGCUUAUCGGUUACCCAGCGACGAAGGGAGAGGCCAGAGAGCUACGGAUCAAGAGGCUGCGCCGAUGUGCUUGUGGAAUCAAGCUAUAUUCGUAAUCGCGCAGCUGCUCACUGCCGGCCUCCUGCAUAUCAACGAACUCGAUCCGAUCCGUCGAUACCUGCCGUCGUACAACCGGCCCAGGCGAGCGGGAAGAUACUCCGCUUUCCAGGCAAAACCCAGCAUUGGCACCCAUACCGAUCUGGUAGUACAAAUAGUCCUGAUCGCAGAAUCCAUGCGGCUGCAAGCCAUGAUGGCCACUUACGGCAUCCAGACGCAGACGCCGCACGAGGUCGAGCCCGUUCAGAUCCUGUCGUCUACCCAGUUGGUGAAGGUUUACCAGAAGCUAGGCGUGAACAAAAAGUUUGAUCUCCAAGGGCGACCCGCGCGACCUAUAGGGUCUCUAGGUACAAGCAAGGUAUACAGAGUCUGCGGUAUGACUGUUCUCUGUUAUCCCCUGAUCUUCGAAGUGUCCGAGUUCUACUUGUACAGAGACAUGGCCCUGCUGAUCGACGAUAUCAAGACGGAGUUGCAGUUCGUGGGCAAAUACUGGCGUCUCUCCGGCCGACCCACUGUGUGUCUCUUGAUACGGGAGGAACACAUGCGGGAUCCGCAAUUCAAGAAGAUGUUAGAUCUCUUCGCGAUGUUGAAGAAAGGCUACUGCGAUAAAACGAAGGUGCGCAUCGGCCGGCUGCAAAAUCUGAUUUCGUCCUCUUGCAUCGAGCAUUUGGACUUCAUAAACACGAUGGAAACAGAUCUGGACCUCACGCAGUUCAAACAACUGCAACACGAUUACAUCGGCUAUCAAAGUCUCACGGACGUGCCCAGAGCUUUCGCCUACGCCGAAGAUAUCAGAGACUAUACUCACAUGAUAAACGAGCCCCUGGGUAACAUAUUGAACGAACUUCGCAACAGCGUCGGCUUGUAUGCCAAGUGCCAGUUGUACGGCGUCCUGAUGAAACGAGAAGGAAUUAAUUACGAGAUUAAUGGAGUGACAGUGCGCGAUAAUCUGAGAUCGUUGUACCAGCAAGCUGGAUCCUUGCGAUUCUGGAUGGCCGUGCGUUACUGCAGCAGCUUGUUGAAUCACACGGUGGACAGCAUCAGCCCUUUCAUCACGGGUGUGUUGGUCAAGGGAAAACAGAUCGCAGUGGGAGUAAUCGGGCAGGAAGAAACGGUAUUUGACAAGCCGAUGACGCCGGCGGAGAUACAGUCAGUGAUGUACUCCACAAUACAGCCGCACAACACGGUGCAGGCCGUGCUGCAGCAGGAGAUCCUGCUGUACUGCGGUCGACUUAUCGGCACCAAUCCGGAGAUGUUCAAGGGCAUACUGAAAAUACGUAUCGGGUGGGUUCUGGAGGCGAUGAAGCUUUACCUGCAGAUGUUCGUGAAGGAUGCCAAGCCGAUUGAAGAUUACAGUCCGUACGAGGUCCGGCGGUUUCUCAUCAAGAUAUUGACCGUCAAAGAGUGGGCGCACGCGGAGAACUUGACAGUGCUUGGUCGCCGGAAGAUCGAGGGCUGUUUGUGCAGAGUGCCCGCGCACUUCUACAAUCAAGUCUGGGAAGUCUUGGUGCGCUGUCCAGGCGGUAUCGUGGUCAAUGGAAAGGAGUUGCCUCAACAGCCCACCGUGUCCAGCAUGACCCGAUCCGAGCUCACGUUCGCUCUUCUCGUGGAAUCUCUGCUUCAUUACAUAGAGCUACCGGAGUACCGUCAGAUCGUAGUUGAGCUUCUGAGUAUCGUGUCGACCAUCCUGCUCCGAAAUCCGGAACUGAGCUUCCAGAAGCAGCUAGACCUCCAGCAGCUCGUGGAAGAUAGUUUUGUCAUGUACUGCAAGGAUCACAAUUUGGUAAAUGUCAGCGACAAGUCGUCAUUCUUCUCCGCUCACUACUCGAUAACUACCGGGUACCUCGCCCGAGCAGUGGUCAACAACGUCCUCACUGGCGGCUGUAUGACGACCAUAGUGGAUCCCAGCGACGUCGUCGAAUCGUCUCGCGAAAUGUGCAAAAUCACGUAACGACACGAGUCGCUUAACGGCGAUGCCAAACACGGCAGAUUGUUGUCGAGCAUUAGCAAGGGGAUGUAUGUAGGUAUGUGCGAUAUAACUCAUGUACAUGCAAAAUGUAAUAGCUUCAUCGUUACUAUAAUACAUGCAAUAAUGUUACAAUUGAGAUUACAAGAAAUCAUCUCUUCGCGAAAUUCGUAUCCAUCGCGCGACCAGAACGUUGUAUGUUGUUGAUAUUGGCUUUGAUCCUGGACGCAACGCUGCCCAUCUCUGUCGCGGCAACCAACUGUUUCCUAAAAAAAAUCCGGUUUUUUUCGAAUUAAUAAUUGAUUUAUAAUUAAUGAUCGAUUGACAAAAUUUAAUAAUAAUCGAUUACAAAAUUUCCGACACUCUUGUACUCGUGAAGAAACAUGUACACGGUUUGGGAGAACAAAAUGUGUCCGAUGAUGUACCUGAUAAAA